UUAGCCUUCAGCUGUUCAGAAGACCUGUGCUAAGCUUGGCUGCAGCAGAGCAGUAGUGCCAGUCCUUGGGGAGGCUGUGGCUCUCCCUGGCUCCCCAGUUAUGCCGUGGCAGCAAUCUCCAGUGAUGGUGCUCUUCAUGUCCCUGGCUGUGGUUUUGCAUAAUGGCAGUCAAAUAAGAGCAAAAAGGUUUCCAGAAAUCACAGAUUCUUCUCAGCCUACGAGAGGAGCAACAGUACAGGCCACAGCAAAACCUUUCCUGCAAUCAACUAACCAAGUGCCUCACACGACUAUAGCAACGAGAUCAACGAAUGGUCACAUCACCUCUCAAAUAGCUGCCACAACCUCUAACUCUGAGACCCCAACUACACACACAACAAUAAAAACUCUAACAACCUCCCUGGUAACAACAAAUGGCACUCCAUCCACCAGCCCUAUAAUCCGCACCCUAAUCACAACCCUGGCCACACCCAACAACUCUCACACGGGUGCUCCAGCCACUGAGACUACAAUCGGCCCCAGUGCAGCUCCCAGUUCUCCGCCAGCCACCAUCGGCCCAUCAGCCCACACAACUGGAACCAGCCCAUCGACUAUCAGCCACACAACUGGGAAGGCCACCCAACCCAGUAAGCAGACCACCCUUCCAGCAACUUUGUCCACCUCAUCACACAACAGCACAACUACUCAAAAGCCCACUCAACCCACCCAUGCUCCAGGAACAACCACGAAUGCACACAAUGCCACCCAAACAGCCUCACCUGCCACCAUAGCUCCUGCGCCCACCCUUGCACCUCAGCCAUCACCAGCCAAGACUGGAAUUUAUCAAGUUCUAAAUGGAAGCAGGCUCUGUAUCAAAGCAGAGAUGGGGAUAGAGCUGACAGUUCAAUACAUGGUGUCGGUUUUUUCACGUCAGAGCUACUUCAACAUCGACCCCAAUGCAACCCAAGCCUCUGGGAACUGUGGCUCUCAAGUAUCCAACCUUCUCUUGAAUUUCCAGGGCGGAUUUGUGAAUCUUACUUUCACCAAGGAUGAAAACUCAUAUUACAUCAGUGAAGUGGGGGCCUAUUUGACCGUCUCAAAUCCAGAGAAAAUUUACCAAGGAAUGAAAAGUGCUGUGAUGUUUGAGACUGAGGUUGGGCAUUCCUUCAAGUGUGUGAGUGAACAGAGCGUCCAGCUGUCAGCCCACCUUCAACUGAAAACAAUGAAUGUCCAACUUCAAGCCUUUGAUUUUGAAGAUGACCACUUUGGAAAUGUGGACGAGUGUUCAUCUGACUACACAAUUGUGCUUCCUGUGAUUGGGGCCAUCGUGCUUAGUCUCUGCGCUGUGGGUUUGAUUGUCUAUGGAAUCCGCUUAAGGCGUGAAUCAUCUGGAUACCAGAGAAUCUAAUUGGUCCCCAGGGGAAAAGAAAAUAAUAAAGUUUAGACAAUUCUUUCAUCGUUACCAGGAUUUUGGGGACUUCCCUUAGAGUGUGUGUCCUUCCGACAAUAUAACCCAUCUCUCACAAACAGAG